AUGGGAGAUUUGUGUAUUGAUGGAGAAGUAGAAACAACCAAAAUUCAGGAAGAGAUAGUAGAAAUCCCUUCUGUUGACGGGCAUACGUUCCAUGACUAUCAGCCACUGCUAGGGCAUGAGUGCCAAAGUGAACAUGUGGAUUGCCACGAUGCACAGGGUAAGAGAAGCUUUCGUAGUGGUUCCAUUGGACCACGCUCCUCAGAGGACGAUAUUUUCACCAGCCUUCUGAGAUUAAGUAGUUACAUAAGUCAUAGAUUGAUUUGUUUUAUUGAGAGUCUCAUUCUCCGAGAUGUUGUUGCUGAAUUCUCGGAUAAUUUAUUCACUAGUAACCCUGAACCGGAUUCAAGUUUUCCAAACCCUGGCAUCUGUAAGUCUUGCGUGCGAGGUUGUUCCUCAUCAUUAUCUAACUACCGUAUGGCUGAUAAAUGCACUGGAACGUUGUGUCGGAGAACUUCGCAAGCCAGGGACGGAUUACAUGUAAAUGCAAGAUAUGAUGUUGUAGAUACAAGUUACAGUCAUCAACACAUCUGCCUCAUUAUUAAGGGGUUGAUGAUCCCAUUAUUUGGUUUUAGACUUGCUUGGCGGUUGACGUUUCCCUCCUUGAGAUACUUUUUCCGCUGUAUCAGACGCAGUCAACUUCGAGUACGUAGUGUCGCAUCGCGAGUGUACAAAACGUUGCAUGGUUCAAGUGAUGAUAUUGGCUGGUUGCAAAAUACACCUGGAAUGCCUCCUGUUAGUGAUGGUACUCCUAGGUUCUUAGAGCUUCUCGAGAAUAUAAGGAAUGGAGAGCAUGUGCUUCCUGAUUCCUUCGUGUAUCUAUUGAUACCAGGACUUUUUAGUAACCAUGGCCCCCUGUAUUUUGUGGCCACUAAGCGGUUCUUUUCGAAGAUGGGUCUCGCUUGUCACAUUGCCAAAAUUCACAGCGAGGCUUCCGUGGAGCACAAUGCAUUGGAACUAAAGCAGUACAUCGAUGAGCUAUACUGGGGUUCAGGGAAGCGUGUGAUGCUACUGGGCCACAGCAAAGGAGGAGUUGAUGCUGCAGCUGCAUUGUCAAUCUACUGGUCCGACUUGAAAGACAAAGUCGCUGGACUUGCAUUCGUGCAGAGUCCCUAUGGUGGGACACCCAUCGCCUCAGACAUCCUUCGUGAGGGUCAGAUUGCUGACCGAGAAACCAGGAGGAUCAUGGAAUUCCUGAUUUGCAAGUUGAUCAAGGGCGACAUACGAGCACUGGAAGACCUUACAUACGACAAGCGGAGAGAGUUCAUCAUGAACCAUCAUCUUCCCGACGAAAUCCCCCUUGUUUCUUUCCACUCCGAGGCAAGUAUUGCUCCAGGUGUCCUUGCCACGAUGACUCAGAUAGCACAUGCGGAACUUCCAUGGCUCCCACUUCCUAGCUAUGCCGGCGGGGAGUCUGAUGAUCUGGUCCAAGUGAGCCGUCAGGUGCCUGUUGUGAUGCCAAUAUCUGGCGCAAUGGCGCUUUGCGCACUUCAUUUACAGCUUCGGUAUGGGGAGAAGAGUGAUGGAUUGGUGACUUGCCGUGAUGCUGAAGUUCCGGGUUCUGUUGUGGUUAGACCAGACAGGAAGCUCGACCAUGGCUGGAUGGUUUACUCGUCCAAGAAGAAGGAUCCAAGCGACCCUGAUUCUUUCCAAAUGUGCGAGGCUCUACUGACCAUGCUUGUGGAGCUUGGCAAGAGCAAACAGAAGGGGAAGGCAGUAACCUGA